AUGCAGAGUCAGGAAACAGAGUCAGGUGAUUCCCCAGGUGGUUCCAGCAGUGCUUGUUGGCAGGAAACAGGCUUCGGAAUUCGUUCCGGUGUCGGCAGCGGCUCAGCAGUUUUCGAGGGAAGAGAAGUACAGAGUGCUUCAAAUGGGAGAGCAAGCAGAAGGCUUCGGCGAUACUCGUCUUCAGCAGCAGCCGAAACCACUGCCACAGCUACCGGCCUGCGAACGGCGGCGGCAGAUGAGGCGGUGACGCGGGCGUGGGUGGGCGGGCUGCGAGUGCUAGUGGUUGACGACACGCCUGUAAAUCUCCUCGUGGCCCGCCGCUCCCUCGCCAACUGGGGCGCCCGAGUCACCACCGCCUCCCGUGGGGAGCAGGCGAUAGAGUUGAUCGCUGCUGGGGUGGAGGGAGGUGGAGGUCAGGAGGAGGGGAGAGGGGAGGAGGGGGCGAGUGGGAAGCAGGAGGCAAGAGAGCAGCAGGAGGGGAGAGAGCAGCAGGAGGGGAGAGAGCAGCAGGAGGGGAGAGAGCAGCAGGAGGGGAGAGAGCAGCAGGAGGAUGUGUCCCUGCAGCAUGCGUUCGACUUGGUUCUCAUGGACCUGCAGAUGCCGGGCAUGGACGGCUUCGCAACAGCAGCAGCCAUACGGGACCUCGAGAGGAGAGUGGAGUUUGAAGCCAUUUCACGAGCACAGCAGUUGCAGCAGCAGAGGCAUCAUCAAACCCCUUCUGCUCUGCCCGUCCCUCCCCUAGAAGCUUCAAACCCUGCUGCUGCCCCUGCUGGGUGGCCUGUCUCUCUGCGGGUGCCCAUAGUGGCUCUGACAGCCGACGUGGAUCGCGGAGUGGUGCAGAGGUGUGCAGAGGGGGGGUUUGACGGUGUGCUGCAGAAGCCAGUGGAUGCCCACCUGCUCGCCGCCCACCUCUCCCACAUGCACUUCCACCGCUCCCUCCGACGCUAG